UAGGGAUGAGGAGAGAGGGUAAAUGAGGUAAGAGAAAAUGGGAAGAGUUGCUGGGCCAGUAUCUUUGAGAAAAAAAGGCUAUUUAUGCAGAGAAGGAAGGCAAGUACUGCGAUAAAUGAGGUGUUGGGAAUUUGUGUUAAUUGAUCUCCAUGACUUUCUUUUACUGAAAUAGAGAGCAAAGUCAUUAGCCAGGAGUGCAGACAAGGAAGGAAGAAAGUGAUGAAAGUUUGAAAAGAAUGAAAAAAUGUAAUUUUGGGGGGAUAUGGGCAACAGCAAACGGCUAUUUGAAACCAUGUUGAGAAGAAAGUGGGGAGCGCUACACUUUACCUUGUGAGAUUAGUCCCCCCAGACGCUCCGUAGUCGUCGUUCGUUUCCUUGGAGACCGAGACACCAGCGAAAGGGCCAGUUUUGUUGAGAAGUUUGAGGGGCCUGAGUUACCGAACUACGCUGGGACAAGGAAGUUGGAGAAGCUGAACAGGCAUCCCAGAAGAUCAAGGGACCAUAGAUUCAUGCCUAUUAUAGUUUCCCUAAUGGCUCAUGUCUUUCGGAAACCCAGCCACUUGGGGACUCACUCCACGGCCCACAAUUCCCAGUUUCUGUGGUCCAAGCAUGAAAGCAAACCAUCUACUCUGCCUCCACUUCAACAAACCAGCAGCCAUAACAAAAGCAAAAUGAAGACUUCGAGUAGAGGCAGUGCAGUGCCCUCCAAGCUCAUGCCGUUGGAGACAAGCCAGCUGAAGAAUCCACAAGGGCGCAUAAGGCAGAAGCCGCAUCUGGGAAAGAUACCAGCCAAACCCCGGCUAAUGAGGAUGAUGCUCCAGAACCAGCGGAGCUUGCUCCAGGAUGUUUGCGAUCAUGAGUGCUUCCUCACCAAGCAGAAUGAAGGGGUGGUCAGAACCAUCCUGGACAUGGAGGCCAGCACGGCACUGCAAGUGCGGGCCAUCCUGCGGCAGGAAGACAUUUCACUGAACAUGAUGGACAUCUUGGAGUACUCAAACAACAAGCUACAGAGGUCGAAGUCUGAGCUUCAGGAGUGGAGAGAGAAGGAGGAAUGGAAGAAGAACAGCCUGGAGCAGCAGGCAGAGCAGCUGAACACCAGGAUCAAGAACAUGCAGGAGUUGGUGAGCUUCCUGAGCACGUACAUGGAGCACAAAUACUCCCUCAGGUCUGUUCAGAUUGCCAGCCUUGUGUGCCAGCUGCAGCAGGUGAAGGACAGCCAGCAGGAGGAGCUGGAUAACCGCAGUGAGAUGCGCAGAAUGGUGCUAAAGACUCUGUCCAACACAAAGGAGGAGAAAAAGAGAAAAGUUUGGAGGUCCCUGUUGGUGAAAACCCAGUAUCCCCAUGACAAGACCCUUCAGCAGGUGAUCUGGGACAGCUGGUACCAGCAGAAAUGGAUGGUCAAGUGCAGAGAACUUAUUGACCAAUCAAAGGAGAAAAUGCCCACAUUAAGGGCUGACGUGGAAGUGCUCCGGACCCAGGUCCAGGAUCUACAGGAGGUCAUUUUUGAGGAUGUUUUGCUUCAGAGACCCAAGUGCACCCCAGACAUGGACAUCAUCCUCAACAUCCCUGUGGAGGAGCUGCUCCCUUUCUAGAUGACUGUGCCAUGGGCCAGCCACCCUGCUCUCCCUGCUGUCUCCCUAGCACCCGGAGCCCUUGGUUUACUUCCAAGACUGUGUCUCCAUCCAGACCCUGGUUUGCAGCCCCUCUCCUUCAUGUCUAUAGCGUUUAUUCUCUUUCUUUCUUUCCCAUUGGUGCUGCUCCUUUGGCAAGGAGGGAAUUCCAUUAAAUAUGUCUUUCUUUUUUUUGAAUAAAGCUGGAUUUGCACUA